GUCAAUACCUAUAUGACCUCCAAGUGCCAGUAUGUGAAGAUGAAAUGAACAGAACACAAGGAGAGAUUUUACUUUGCAUGGCAGUGUAACAGUUAAACCCCUACAGGGACCGUAGUCCUGCCUCCCCUUGGCUAGGGACACCAAACUGACUGGAGCCAAAAAAUAAAAAGUUUUUCUCCUUUAUAUCGGACUGGUGGUCCUAAUAACACCCGAGGGAUAACUGUUUUAAUAUCUGAUGGCAGCAAUGUUGAACACCAGCACAGGUCUUUGGGAAAUCACAACGCCCAGUGUUUUCAGCACAACAGAAUAUGAUUACUCUGAGAUUUCUCAACCGUGUGAGUAUGGAUACCAUUCAAGACGUUUUCUCCCUGUGCUCUACUCCCUGUUCUUCGUGGUGGGCUUCCUGGGAAACAUGCUGGUGCUGUGGGUGAUCCUGAGAGGUGCUCAGCUGAAAAGCAUGACUGAUGUGUCUCUCCUGAACCUGGCCAUCGCUGACCUUCUACUAAUCUUCUCUCUCCCCUUCCUGGCUCACUACGCCAGGGAUACCUGGGUUUUUGGAAGAGCCAUGUGCACUCUGGUCCUCAGCGUGUACUACAUUGGAUUUUACUCUGGCAUUUUCUUUAUUGUGCUGAUGAGCAUCGACAGAUACUUGGCUAUUGUCCAUGCUGUGUUUAUCUUGAGAAUCCGAACCAAGACUUGUGGGAUUUUAGCCAGCCUGGUAGUCUGGAUUAUAGCUAUUGCAGCAUCAUUUCCUGAGCUGCUGUAUCUUGGAGUUGAAGAGACUGGGACUGAAGUAGUUUGCAGUGCUUAUCCAAAAAAUAAAAGCCACAAUGAUGUGAGAAGUGCAGCUUUCUUUAAAAUGAAUAUUUUGGGAAUGCUGAUUCCACUGAGUAUUGUGGGAUUUUGCUACCCGAUGGUGUUCCGGAGGCUUCAAACGCUUCAUAGACCAAAGAAACUGGCCAUUCGUCUUGUUGCUGUGGUCAUGGUGGUGUUCUUCUGCUGUUGGAUACCGUACAACAUUGCAGCAUUCCUCAAAGCACUGGAACUGAAGCUUAUCCUGCCUCCAGGGUGUGAGCUCAGCAAAACAAUCCAGCUCAUGCUGCAAGUCACUGAAGCUAUAGCGUACUCACACAGCUACCUCAAUCCAUUCCUCUAUGUGUUUGUGGGUCAAAAGUUCAGGAGGAACCUCGCAAAGCUCUUCCUCGAGACCCCAUGCGUCAAAGUGCAGUGUGUGAAUCGCUACCUGACCCGGGCCGCAGCCCCAGCGAAUGAUGAUGAAGGCUCAGUUGGAAUCUGAACGGAGGAACAUGAAGUCUUUUUUAAUAUGUAUAAAUUACUUCCAUUUUAUACUGUAUGUACUAUUGGAAAUACUGUUGAGAUAACUUGUAUUUGCAUGUGUUAUAUAUCCCUGUUAUUAGGUAAAGUUUACCAUAAUGUGCUCUUUUUUAAAGUUUUGUAAACUCUCAGAGUGAUAUCAUUACCUUUUGUACCUUUAAUGUAUAUCCUGUAAAUGCAUACAUAGUGUACCUUUUAAAAAAGAUUUAUAGUUCAUAAUUGUACUGUAAUUAUGUAAUUCGAUUAUACUUGCUUUUAACUAUGCAUACUCAUAUGCAAGAUAGCUGCCACAUGGUUGUUUGGAGCCUUGGUUGUGCAGGUCCUUAGAAUUCUGCUACUGUAGGUGACAGUGUGGCGCAAAACCAGAUAAAUAGUGGGGGCAGUGUAUCUUGUGACCGACUAAACAAAUGAUAACUGUGUCUGAAAUUAUUCUAGAAAGUGAUUGAGUA